AUGCCUUCCUUUUUAUCUUUUAUCCUUACUUUCUUUUGUUUUAUUUGUUCAAUAUUUAUUUCUCAAGUUAAAAGUAAUGGUUUUAGUGUUGAACUCAUCCAACGCUAUUCUUAUAAAUCACCAUUCUACAAUCCCACACAAACUAAACCUCAACAAAUUUUCAAUGCUGUGCAACGUUCUGCCAAUCGUGCCAAUUAUAUGAAUAGAAAAUUUUCUUCCACUCUAAACAAAAAAGAGUUAUCUUUAAUUCUUGACUCUGAUAGUGAAUAUCUCUUGAGUUAUUCGAUUGGUACUCCACCAUUUAAGGUUUAUGGUGAUUUAGAUACAGGUAGUAACAUAAUUUGGCAUCAAUGCAUGCCAUGUAAUAUAUGUUACAACCAAACAUCUCCUAUAUUUAAUCCCUCAAAGUCUUCGAGUUAUCAAAAUAUUUCAUGCUCUUCUAGAAGAUGCAAAUCUUUGGAAGAGACUACUUGUUUUAAUGAUCAAGAUACUUGUGAGUAUACAGUUGAUUAUGGACAUGGAACAAAGACACAAGGAUUUCUUAGUAUGGAGACUCUUACAUUAAUUUCUACAUCUGACUCUAUUGUUUCAUUUCCUAAAUUUAUGAUAGGAUGUGGACACACCAAUACACUGAAUUAUGAGUAUAAAGGUCCGAGUUCCGGGGUAAUUGGCCUAGGAACGGGCCAUAUGUCAUUAAUAAAACAAUUAGGGUCAUUAUUUGAGGAAAAAUUCUCAUAUUGUUUAGUUGAUGAGUAUAAUAGCAUGUCUAAUAUUUCUAGCAAACUCAAUUUUGGUGAUGCAGCUAUUGUUACGGGAGAUAACGUUGUUUCAACUCCUAUGGACCACCAAAAAGACUAUUACUACCUAAAUUUAAAAGCAUUUAGUGUGGGAAAUAAAAGAAUAAAGUAUAAAGGGGUUAAACGCGAAGGAACCAAUGCUUCUACGCAUAACAUCAUCAUUGACUCUGGUACACCUGUAACUGUUCUUCCACGCAAUUUUUACCGUAGAUUGGAAUCGGCAGUAAAAAAAGUGGUAAAAUUAGAACGCUUUUAUACUGAUGCAUUUAACCUUUGUUAUAAUACCACAUCCCAACCACCAAACUUUCCUGAAAUUACAGCACAUUUUAGUGGCGCAAAUGUUAAGUUGGAUUAUAAUGGUGCAUUUACUUCUUUAUUUGAAGGGGUUAAAUGUCUUAGUUUUCGCCCAAGUCCACGUGUUAAUGGAUUAGGCCUCUUUGGAAAUAUUGCACAAGUGAAUUAUUUGGUUGGAUAUGAUCUUACAAAAAAAAUUGUCUCAUUCAAACCUACAGAUUGUUCUAAGUAUUGA